CGAUUGCUUUGCCUGUGUUUGGACGAGCACGGCGCGACCUUUACGCUCAGCCCGAAUUGACUUUUCUGUCUCCAUAGGGCAUCUUAUCUCCGGGCGCAGGCAGCCCUGUUAAUCCCCGUUAUUAUCCACCCAACACCAUGUCCAACCUCUUUUCUUUCGACUCGGCCCCUGGCGGCGCGAACAAGGGAGGUCUUUUUGGAUCUGGUGCUACGAACACUGGCUCAAGCGCUGGCUCGGGCACACUCUUUGGAAAUGUAGGAGCUCCGACGAGCGGCACUUCUUCGCCUUCUUUGUUCGGAGGCGCAGCUGGCAGUGGAACUGGAGCAGGCACUGGUACUUCGUCGCCUUUCAGUUUUGGAGCUCAGAGCAAGCCGGGAGCCACCGGUCAGACACCGUUGUUCGGCAACGCAUCACAGACUCCCAACAAGUCGACCGAAGCUGGUAGCUCGGGGCAGACAGCUACGAGCGGACUCUUUGGAAAUGCCGCAAAGCCUGCAGGGGGUCUCUUUGGCAACGCUACUUCUACGCCCGGUCAAACAGGAGGUUCUUUGUUCGGCAAUGCCUCGUCCACAACGCCCGCUGGUCCUCCUCCGCAGGGCGCGACUGGCCAGACACAGACGCUCUUUGGACAGGCAGCACAAAAGCCUGGCGGUCUCUUCGGAAACGCGACCUCGACUACCUCCACCACCUCAUCGGCUGCCCCGUCGUCUACUACCGCUACAGCCCCCGCUACCACUACCCCUUCGCUGUUCGGAAACGCAAACACAAACACCACAACUUCUACCUCCAACACUACGCAACAGCCAUCAACUGGGGGUCUUUUCGGUGGGGCGAACACAGCUCAGAAACCUCUCUUUGGCACAAAUCCGGCGCCUUCGACGGGAAACAGCCUCUUCGGAAACGCCAAACCGGCUGCAACAGGCACCAAUGACAGCACUCCAAACACCCUCUUUGGAAAGGCACCGGGGGCGCCAUCGACGACGACAACCCCCGCCGCAGGAGGAGGAGCUGGUGCGCAGACAUCUUCUCUCUUCAAGGCCCCAUCAUCUGGAGCUGAUGCCACCAAGCCAGUCUUCCCCUCUCUGGGAACUCCAUCCUCGACCCCUCAAACCUCUACGACUCCAGUUGCCUCGUCCGCUGCGCCACAGACUUCCUCUCUCUUCCCAGCCCUAGGUGGAGCGUCCUCGUCCGCGACUCCCUCAUCCACACCCGCUCCCUCUGGAGGCUUGUUUGGCGGUGCUCUCGGUGGCGCUAAGUCCACAGCAACAACCGCACCGGCCACUACAGCUACCGCAGCUCCCGCGACACAACCUGCGGCAGCCACUGGUGGCUUGUUCGGUAAGCCCGCGGAGACCACCCCGUCCACACAGCCAGCCAGCACUGCUGCCGGAGCCACUUCUGCCACGACGGCCGGCGACAAGCCCACCCUGACCGCUACCUCGGGCGCCACUUCUUCAGCGACCACCGGCACAGCAGGCACAACCGGCACAACCACCGCCGCGGGCGGAAUUGGCCUUGGUGCCUCCACCGCUGGCCCAACCCCCCCUGCGCAGUCCCGCCUGAAGAACAAGACCAUGGACGAGAUCAUCACCCGGUGGGCGACAGAUCUGACCAAGUACCAGAAGGACUUCCGCGAGCAAGCAGAGAAGGUAGCAGAAUGGGAUCGGAUGUUGGUUGAAAACGGCACCAAGGUGCAGAAACUGUACGGCAGCACGGUUGACGCCGAGCGCGCGACCCAAGAAGUAGAGCGCCAGCUGGCGUCCGUCGAGGGCCAGCAGGAAGAGCUCAGCUCCUGGCUCGACCGGUAUGAGCGUGAAGUGGACGAGAUGAUUUCGAAGCAAGUUGGACCGGGCGAGACCCUCCAGGGACCUGACCAGGAGCGUGAACGGACAUACAAAAUGGCCGAGAAGCUCUCCGAGCGCCUGGAUGAAAUGGGCAAGGAUCUGACCAGCAUGAUUGAAGAAGUCAACGGCGCGUCCUCGACUCUCAGCAAGACGAACAAGGCUGACGAGCCGAUCUCGCAAAUCGUCCGCAUCCUCAACUCCCACCUUGCGCAACUGCAAGUCAUCGACCAAGGCACCAGCGAGCUCCAGGCCAAGGUCGACGCCGCACAGAAGGCCGGCCAGUCUCUCUCUUCGCGGUUCGGGUAUGGUCUGGGUAGCUCUACUAUGGGUGGUAGUGCGGCGGAUGAUUUCUAUCGCUCUUACAUGGGACGUCGGUAGUUAAUUAAACCUGAAGGUGAAGAGAGGAUGUGGAUUGGGUUUCUGUAAACAACGGUUACGGGAUGGUUUUUCUUUAUUAACUAGGAUUGGUUGUUAGUUUCUAUUUUACGUCUGAUUCUUUUUCUACUAUUGUUGUUGUUUCAUCCUGCUGUUGCUGUUGUGCUGGUGGAGGAGUCUUGCAAUGCAAUGCAAUCCAUAC